AUGGGUGCAAGUCGUAAAACCCGAAAAGUAAAAUAUUCAUCUCAAAAUUCACAUCGACAUUAUGAUCAACAAAAAUAUUGGAAUGAUCGUUAUACAGCUAAAUUUAAAGGAAAAACUAUCGAUGAAGAUGAUGAUCAUACAGAUGAAUGGUAUUUUUCAUAUUCAGAUAUUUCAGAUGUAUUAAAAUCCUAUAUAAAACAAUAUCAUCUUCAUUCUCCUGUACUUGAUAUUGGUUGUGGUUUAUCAAAAAUAUUUGACGAACUUUCCAAUGAUCAUUUUAUUGGUCCAUUUAUUGGUGUUGAUUACUCUCCUAUUGUUAUCAAACAAUGUAAUAAGAUGAAGAAAAAUAAUAAUUCUUAUUAUUUAACCGUAGAUAUGAUGCAAAAACACAAACCUUCUUUACCAAUCAAUUCAUUUGGUUUAAUAAUUGAUAAAGCAACAACAGAUGGAAUUCUUAAUAAUAAUGAGCAUCUAUCUAGUAUUUCAACUAUGUAUGAACAUGCAUCAAAUGUUCUUUUAUCGAAUGGACUUUUUAUUAUUAUUACAAUUAAAACAAUUGAUGACAAAGAAUGGUUUGAAGAUUGUUUGAUACCAUCUCUUAUUCGAGGUAGUCAAAAUCAGCAAACAAAAUUUAUUAUUCAUUUUCAUCGAUGUAUGACAUAUACAGAUGGAACUGAAAAUGGUCCAAAUAUUUUUGUUAUUGUUAAAUACGAUUGUAAAUCGUAUUCAUUACGCUCAUCAACAAAUCAAGUAAAACAGGGAUUAUCUCAAACAGUAACUGUUAAAUGUUACUAG